GUCAAUUCUACGUAACCAACUCUCUAAUGCUCCGUCGUAUCCUUCUUCCUUCCCGCCCAUACACUCUUCGCAAACACAUUAGAUUCUCAACAAUGACUGGAAACGCACAAAUUUUUGGACUUGAAGCUGGGGUUAAGCGGAAUCCACAUCCAGACUUCAAAUCCGUCGAAUCCUCCCGUCCCCCAUUCGACAAAGGCACGAGCUUCACCUACACGAAGACCAUAAAACCAGACUGGGUCCCGGGCUCAGGCGCUAACAAUGACGACUGGAAGAACCACAAAACUAUCGAGAUCGAUCCCUACGGCGAGGGGAGAAGGCCGGUCGAUAACUACAAACUUUUGAUUUCGGGCAUAAUUCCCAGACCUAUUGGCUUCGUAUCAACAAUCUCCCCCGACGGCCUGAGCACAAACCUCAGCCCCUUCAGUUACACCGCCCUGGUGAACCACGACCCCCCAAUUUUCUGCAUUGGCUUCAGCGGCGGAGUGGAUAAUCCAAAAGACACCUGCAGGAACAUCCUCGAGACGAAGGAGUGCACCAUCAACGUCAUCAGCGAGUUCUUCCUGGAGGCGGCAAACUACACGAGUAUUGAUGCACCGCGUGGGGUCAGUGAGUGGGCGCUCAGCGGGUUGACCCCGGCAAAGAGUACAAAGGUGCGGCCGGAUAGGGUCGCCGAGAGCGUGUUUAGUACCGAGGCGGUGUAUCGGGCUCAUCAUGAGUGGGUUAGUCCAGGGAGUGGGAAGGGUUCUGGGGUUUUGGUCAUUCUUGAAGGUGUCAACUUUCAUGUCCGUGAAGAUGCCCUCAACGCGGAAGGCAACAUCAUUGACCCUGCGGUACUCAAGCCCGUGAGUCGCUUGGGCGGGAUUUCAUACGCCAGGACUGUGAGCGGGUUCGAAUUGCCCAGACCUGAGUUUAAGAAAGAGGUCGAGAAGGAGGAGGUUAAGGGGCUGGUUAAGUCGAAGGCCGAGGGGCAGUAGAUGGGCAUGAUACAAUGCGAAUGUUGUAACAUGCCAGUUUAGCUUAGAAGGUAUAAAUGA